AGUAGCACUUCCUUUGGUGGCCUGUCUGUUACAGUUCGUACAAAAUUAUGAAAUUCUUAGUAGGUUCCAUCCACUAUAUUGCUAUUUAAAAUAUAUAUUAUAUUGAUAUGGGUAAAACACGAAAACCUUAUGAAGAAAUUGGUGCAAUAUUUAAUGGAAAUGAGGUCAAAAUCCGAGUGCCAAAGAGCACCAUAAAACCCUCAAAGUUGACACCUGCCCAACUAAAGUUACAGCAACAGUGUACUUGUGAAGACGACGAAUCCGUCUGUUCCGAGACUUGUGGAUUUCCGGGCGGUAAAGGUAGUGGACAGGCAAAUAGACUGAAUUUCCAGAUACCUGACGAUAUUUGCGAAUCUCUAACAAAUAGGACUGCAUUAAACUCAGAAUUGGUGUAUAGUAAUAAAGAAGCUCAUGAUACCAUGUGUAAUGUAUGCAAUGUUACGCCAAAAGAUGCUCCUAAAGGAGUCCAUGCUCAAAAACUAUUACAUCCAGACAAAGAUGUUUUUAUUUUAAAAAUAGGCAAACAAACCGAUGAGCCUAAUCGUACUGGAAAUAUAGAGGUAGAAUUAGUAACACCAAGAGCUCCCACCCAAAUGAAACCAGCUACUCACUCAUGCAAGCAGAUACAAUGUGAGGAAGAGAAUAUUCCUUGUUGUGUUCCGUGUAGAACUUGUCGAGGAAUAGUUCCAAAGAAAAGAAAGGUCAGACGUCCCAAAUUCUGCAUGUGAAAAAGGAAUAGAGUUAUUAAUUGAAUUCUGCAUUAAUUGUUAUUGUAAACAAUACAAUUAAAUAUUACUUAGUCUUCGAAAGUAAAAAGAAAAAAUUGUAAAAUAGUUUGCGUCAUAAACAUUAAAGAUUAUUAUUUAUUCCAUGUAAAACCCCUAUAGAACCAAAUUAUAAAAAAAAUAUUUUUUUUCAAAAAAGAAAACAUUCUUCAUAAUAACAUUUUUAGGUUUGGUACUGACUAUAUUAAUAUAAUUCGAACUUUAUUACCAUAUUGUAUAUUUCUGAAUAAUCUACUACUAGUAUGUAAUACAAGUACAAUUAUAAUAUAAAUACAGAAACGGAUACCAAUACAUACUUAAUAGCUUCUUUCGAAGUCCAAUUUUAAUCUAGUGUUAUCAAAGUACUAAUAAAAUGUUUGUAACAUGUUACUGUAAAUAUUUGUUUGAGACAUUGAUUGGUCGAAGAUCAAUUAAAUAAUAGCUAUAUAAUAAUAUGUUCCCUAACUAAUUAUAUCACUUUAAUAUCAAUUACAUAACGGAUAAGUAUAUAUAAAGUAAUAUAAUGACUGUGAUAAUUUGUUACGUCAGUUAAUUCUAAAGAAUUUAAAUAGAUAAUGUCUAUAAUCUAAAUAAUAUAUGUAUAUAAAAUGCCUAUAAACAUAUUUAUUUAUAUACAUAUAUGUAAUUUGAUUCCUUUUGUUUGUUUAAGGUUAUACUAUUGGUAUAUGUUAUAUCUUGCAGUAAUUACUGCCUUCUCACUACUCCUGGAACGUUUGCUCACAUUGUCUCUUAUUUGUUUUGAUAUUGUAUUUUCGGUGUAGGUACAAUACAGGAUAUAUGUAUAUAUAAUAUAUCUCGUUUGGAAAGGAUUCAAACUUGUAAUCUGUUUGGAUAUUUAUCUUGAUAUCAUAAAAUAUGUCUCAAAAAACAACUUUUGUUUAUACUUUCCAUAAAUUCAGUACAUAUGUCCUCUUAUGACUUUGUCACCUAUAGAAUUGAAUAGUUAUUUUUCUGUUUACUCAUUUUAGAUUUAGACAUCUUAGCUUGAUGUGCUUCAGUUUCAUAAUAAUAAAUGUUUUACUAAAACCACAGAUAAUAUGAUAUUACAUACUAAAACCAAUAAAAGGAGGUGUCAAUGUUAUUAAUAAGCUUAGGAUCAUAUUUUUAGUUAGAAGUAUUUCGUUCAGCGCCUGUGAGCUUACUCAUUAGACAAAACCUCAUAACUUUAUAGGAAUACAGAUUUAAGAAAUGGAGUCAUCAGAUUGGACUAUUAUUUG